CUCUUUUGUCAGCUGUGCGACCGAACUACGCUGGGCAGGUUCCGUGAACAACUUGUUGCGGCCCGAGGUCCGUCCCAACACCGUAUCUUCAAGGUCUUCUCACAAUGGGUGGUAGGGAUGACGACAGCCUGGUCCGGCUACGGCGCUUCCUGCGCACGGGCCUGGAGGGCAGUCGCUACCAAGCCGGAGGGGUGGGGGCUGCCGGCGCCAAGUUUUCGAGCGAGUCUGCACCGACACUGCACGCAUUGGUUGAGGGAACGAUGGCCCCGGUGGUGUUGCAAGAGCUCCUCCGACUGGUCGACAACACUGACGAGAACUCUUCCCGGCAUGCGACGUGCCCAGAAGCCAUAGCGUAUGCACUGGCGCUCUGUGCGGCCUCGGACCACCGUCCAACCAAGGCAGCUGCUUACACCGCCUUUCCACAGAUUUGCAAGUGCCCUGCACAGCUUUUUGCUGUCACCCGCUAUCUGGAGGAGGUGAGCGAGGGGACAGGCUGGGGCCGUGCCCACCGGCGAGCCGUGGCCCGGUGGUACACGGCCACUGAGGGUAGCGGAGCCCGGCAGCUUGCGGCGCAGACAACGCGUGUGGUGAGGCGACACCGGUGGACGCACGCCGAUCUACUGAGGCUUGCGCACGUCAGGCCACCACAGCACCGGCCAGGUGUUGCCGUGGUGCUCCGCUACCUGGCGCGCGGCCUUCCAGCUGCCGCCAAGAUGGUGGAAGAAAAGGAAGCGGAAGGAGGCAGCAUCGAGGAGGCUCGGGAGGCCCUGGCCUAUCUUCAGGCGGUGCACGAGGUGCGGCACACCAAGGACGAGCAAGUGGCCGCCCGCCUCUUGGAGGAGCACCAGCUCGCCUUCGAGCACGUGCCCUCACACCUGCUGCGCUCCAGGGAGGUGUGGCUGUGUCUGGUGCGCCGUUUGCCCUUGGAUGAAUUGGUGGCUCACGUGCCAAGACUGUCAAGGGGAGGUCUGCUCGUGAGAGGUCCCCUGGUGGGGGCGCUGCGAGAGCGUCUACGAUCGGCGUCUGAGCAGAACCCUCCCCGGCUGGGGCCUCUCGAGACGUACGCCCUCAAGCGCAGCCUGGAGGCUGGGCGUCCCAAGCACCACCAUCACCACCACCACCGCUCGACAUCACACCAGCUGGAUGAUGUUGUAGCAGCACUGCACGAGCACUCGUUUAAGGCAGUGUCACCAACGGGGAAGCGCUACCUGGUGGCAGUGGACGUCCGCGGCCCCAUGACUCACGGGCGCACGCGCGGUCUCGAUGGACUUACACCUGCGGAGGUGUCGGCGCUGAUGUUGCAAGCACUGGUACGCACGGGGGACGCAGUCACAGCGGCGGCCUUCUCCGCGAGGGGCCUGACACUGCUUGAAGUGGAUGGCCAGAUGAGUCUAGCCGACAUCAGCCGCCACAUGCGUGAGACACCCAUGGGUCCAGUGGAUGUGUCGCUUCCACUACGAUGGGCCCGCGAGCAGAAGCAGCUCUUUGACCUAGUGCUGGUGUGCACCGACAACCAGACCCAGAGCUGGUCCGUCCAUCCUGCCCAGGCCCUGAAGGAGUACCGCGAAAGCUGCGACUUACCAAAUACCAGGUUCAUUGUGUGUGCCAUGUGCAGCCAGGGCUUCUCUCUGGCGCCACCCAAUGAGCUGGGUAUGCUGGACAUGGCUGGCUGUGAUAGCCACACCCUGCAGCUGAUACAGGACUUUGCCAGAGGCAACUUCUAAGCCACCGUCGCUCCCUUUCUUGUUUCAUCACACCUUCGAACCCAUCUCUUGGCAAAUCCAAACGAGGCAGCUGUCGAGUCUUUUUUUUCAUGCGUGUGAGCAGUAUAUUUGCUAGCAGUCACUCUUGGGGUGCCUCCGAAAAAGUGCAGUUCUGGUCUCGUCUCUUUCCCGAACGGCAAGAGCAACUUCCGAUGCCAUAAGCCGUACUUGCCGACGUAGGCACAAAAUGUGCGUGUAACUUCUGUCCUCGCAUCUUUCCUUUCUCCUGUCAUUCCUCAUGGUACCAGUCCUGACUGAUGUUCCUGGAGUGGCUGGCCAGGGCGCCUAAAAGGGUAAUGUAAAGCUUUGCGAGCAGGCUGCUUUGACAGCGACUGCUUUUAGCUCUGUCAUUUAAAACAACACUGUCAUCUUUAUCCCAUCAGCUAGAUGAAGAUUCAAAUCAUGAGCAGUAGGCGAACAAGUUGCAGCGGAUCUGUAAGCGUAUUCUUACGAGGCGAGAACACGGAAGCAUUUCUUUUUAAGUGCCCCGGUUGUUCCUACGUACCUUCCUUUCUCCCCUUCGAGACAGGUAAUCCCCUUCUGCUGUGGGAACAUCCCUUUCCUACGCUGUGAAUUCAAGUGGUCCCUGCAGCAUUUAUUUGCACCAGCAUCAGUUCCAUUGGGGAGGUCACAUGCUUUCUGGGCACAGUUUUGGCAGACGCCAGGUCUGUGCGCGCUUUCACCAACAUUACCGGAAAGCACUUUCACUUUAAUCUUAGAACCCUUGCUCUGGAGCCAGUGUUUCGGCAGGGUGACAUGCAACAUUUUUUAAAAAUGCUUCUACUGUAAAAAAAAAAAAAAAAAAAACAAGUUGUUACUGUUACAGAGGUGAACCCUCAUGUCGAAAAAUUGUCUGUAGCCAGGCUUCUUUGUUGUAUAAUUAUUGAUCAUUCAUUUAUUAAUGUAUUUGUUGCUUUGAGCAUAUUUACUGAGUUUUGAGAUGGGUCUGGAUUAGAUGGGCAACAAUAAGAGUCCAAGGCGGAUGACGCCAGCUGCAUGAUCAAGGCCUGGAAAGUGAUUUUUCUCUCAGAAAAGACGGCUAUCCAAAAAGCUUAGAAGAACAAACAGAAGAAGGGAUAUGUUGAAAGCACCGGUAAUAUGGCUGCAAUGAAUUCAAGUGAAACGUGUGUUCCUCAGUUAAUGUAGCUUAGAAACAUCUGUCUUGUAGCUCUUGUUUUUCAGUGGUAUGUGAACUAACUGUUGUGGGUUCAAUUCUGGCUGUAGUGGUCACAUUUCAAUGGAGGCAAAAUGGUAGAAACCGCUGUAUUUCGAUUUAGGUGCAUGUUAAAGAAAGAAGCAUUCAAAUGCUUUGAAUAUUCGAACGAAUAGUAGGGUAUUCAAAUUCGAUUCGAAUUUAAAUUAUUGAAAAUUUCGAAGUAUUAGCAAAGAACGAAAAAAUGCAUAUUAAUCCGAAUGUACAGGUGGUUUCACUAAAGUGUAGGGGUGCUAAACCGUGAAAACACCUAUCCAGGAAAAAUCCACUUUGCCACAAAGCUCCCCUUCAUGAGGCAACAAGCUUCUUAAGUGAAUCCAUUCCAUGUUUCCUUGAAAAAGCGUCGCAUGGCUCCUUUAAAUAAAAAUAUUACCCUCAAAUCAGUUCAUUUUAUUAAGUUUAAAAGCUUGUUAUGACGGCUUAUAUGCUCUGAGUAGAAUAAACUUUAAAAUGUUACAUUUAAAAAAAUAUUGUGCAGGUUAGUGGGGUCAUAAUAAAUAUGCCUAUUUUUCUUCAUAUGUCAUAUGUACUAUUCGAAUUCAAUUCGAAAUUAUUCGACCAAAAUCACUAUUCCCUUUGAAUUCGCUUCGAGUCUGAAAUUCACUAUUCACACAAGCUUAGAUAUAACGAACCAAUUUUUGUUUAUGAUGCAACUUUGUUAUAAUGAGGUUUGAUUGUAUUUUUAUUUCAGUGGUGCCUACUUCAGAAUGGCUUUUUGAGUAGUCACUCUAAAUGCAGACAGCUUAGCGCUAACCUUGUGCUGCUUUGCAUUUCAUGACUCUUGCGAUGUAGGCUCUGCGCUGUACACACAGUUUAUGCUACACUGCAUUAAAAAGUAUCAUUUUAUUGAAUGCUAACCAUAACUGUCAGCAACAACCACUCGCAAAGCCUGCUGUCUCAGUAGCCUUUCAGUGUUCAUGUGGGGCCUUGAAACUCUUGAAAACCCUUGAACUAGAAAAGUUUGUUUUCAAGGCCUUGAAAGUGCUAGAAUUUUCCAAAUCCUUGACAGUCUUUGAAUUUCCUUUUUUUUUUUUUUUUGAUAAACAUUUUCACACAAUUCACAGCACAUUAUUUACAAUACAGCAGGUGGCAUAAGUAAUGCGCCCAUCACAAAAGAAGCCCAACACCUUGCAUUUUUUGGAAACUCAGUAAAGUCAGGGGCAGGACAAUAAGAAACGGAAAAGGAUGUGUUUCAUUGAGGAGGAGGUUGGAAUAUUAACAAAAAAGAAAAAGAAACCAGAAGCCACUUUUAAGGAAUUAACAGAUAGAAUAGUAUGCAGGAAAAGCUGAGACAACUAGGGACUUGACAUGUAUCAUCAAAUCAAACACCCUUAGGUGGACUGCCAAGACCAGCCAAGGAACAAGAGACAGUAGACAUUCAUAUGAUAAUUCAGAAGUAGUGAUUACUGGGACAGUGAAAUCCAGGAAUACUGAAAGUGAUUAUUCAUGCAACUCCAAGCAAUUAUUAUCGAAAGUUUUCCAAAAAGAAAAUGCAGUUUCAGCCGGUUUUCGAUGUCUAUUCCAGUGAUGUCACCAUUUUUCGACAAAUUCUAAAUAUUUCAAGCCUCCAUCCUGCCCUGAAAUAUGUUAUAGUUGGGUUCCUGACAGACAAUGUGGACCUUGGAAAAUUUACAGACACAGCCUUGAAAGUCCUUGAAAACCCUUAAAUUUUUGUCAUGUAAAUGAGCAAGAACCCUGAUCAUGGUACCAGUUGCGUGAAACCUUGAGCACAAGAGCAGAGGUCUGUGUGGUGGUUAUAGUGCUGGCAUUGCGAAAGACAGUGUAGACACGGGAAAAAGGAACAAAUGCAGAGUUUCGUUUACUAAUCCAGCAUGUCAUUGACCCCUUGUUCUUUCAGUUUUUAUAGUGUUUUUAUGUGCUUUAUAUGUAUAUGUAUCACAUGAGUGAGCUUGAAGUCUUAACAUCUAGUUUUUCAAGAUUAUCUUGUGGCAUUAGCGACUUUUAACUCUACAUGAGGGCAAGUUGGCAGAGAGUGCGUGCACUUAUCAAUGUGUGAUUCAGGCUACGCUGCCGAGUUUUGAAGUGUUUGCACUCGCUUUGUUUCAAUGUGUGGCAUUCUAAACUUUAUUGCACACAUUUUCUAGAGGAUGUAGGUCUAUGUUUCCAAUUAUUGGGAUGUCUCUAAUACAAGUGAAUUCAGAUGUCUUCUGGAUGUUCGCAAGGCCCCGUCCUUCUAUCAGGAAGAAAAAAAAACAAACUCGGGGCUCUUAACCAUUUAAUAAUAGUCACAUACAUUCUUCUGUAAUCCCAAGUUAAGUUGGCUCUUCCAGACAUCUGCUGCAAAGUAGCACAUCGCAGAGCAUGUUCGAGUUUCCAUUCAGCCGCACUCUCUAAUGAAUUACGUGAAUUAUCCGUGUUGAAAUGUUUCGUGUGUUGUCCACAAGAUUGUCAUGAAAAUCUAGUACAACUUACAUGGGAUCAACACAUAUUCCACAAAAUUUACCGAAAUCGUUAGUACUUGUUAUAAUAGAGUACAGAAUGUUUGGAAAGGAGCGGUUGAUAGUGCUACCACUUAUUUCCAUGUGUGUGGUGAUACCUAUGAAGAGAUGCUUAUUUAAACACUGCUUACGACAAAAGCAUACUGAUUUUUCCCAUUGUGAGGUGCUGCAUUAGACAGCACGGCUUCUGGGAUCAGUCCAAGUUGUAAUGAAGCAGGUUGAGAUGUUUGUUUGCAGGAGUACAAGGAAACCGUCCACAGUUUUUUUCUCACACUUACAUGUGCAGUAGCUUGACAUUCACAAGAAUGUUGAUUCAUCUAGUUAGCACUUGGAACAACCACACACGGUGCUCUAUAGCUAAUGGAUUGCGAAAUGAUUUGUUUAACAUUGGUUUUUGAUGAAGUAUGUUUGUUGCUUCUCUUUCGCAUGUGAGCGCACACCUGCCAUUCUAAUUCUCCAAGAAGUUUACACUUAGCAUGCAGUGAAUGUAGAAUCGGAAUCUGUGGAAUAAUUCUUGAAGGGUGGUCAGAAACUGAACGAAAGCUCCUUGCCUUUGUGAGAGCUCACCAUUGUUGUCCGAAGUCUGUUCAAAAUCGUUCACAAUCAAAGGGGCUAAAGUUUGAGGGAUCACGGUUUCUUUCAUUUUCUGCACAACUUGAAGCAUGCACUUAUUCCAUGGAGGAUGACAUUUUGGAAUAGAUAAGUGGCUAUUAAUAAAAAAAAUUAUCAUUUCAACCUUAGACUUCAUACAGAUCCUUGGAGGUUGGCUAUUAUUUACAGUGACGCUAUGCAUCUUCGGGAAAAGAACAGAGCCACACAAAAGCUGCUCAUGUGAGACCUGCCUGAAAAGACGGGCUUGCUGUCAUUCUUCUUUGGCACUUGCCAGUAAUACGUGUGACUAAUGGCAUUGUCGCCAGAUCGCACCGGUGGGCACUGGGGUGCUCUGUCCAAUCAUCCGAGCCCUUUGGUGGAAACCAGUGCGAUUUGUUGAAGAAGACAUUAGCGAUCUCACUUUCUGUCCUAAAGAAGAUUAAGCAUGAACGCUUCCAAGUUCACUGAAAAAUGUGUUUCACUCGGGUUCGAUUUUGACGAGUCAUGACGCAUCUACCGAAAUGUCUGCCUUACUAGCAGUGAGGUGAGUGUGCUCACCUGUGUUAUUCUCCCCACCCAAUUCCCCCCCCCCUUUUUUUUCAUGCCAAUAUGUUACAGUGUAAAACAUAUUCACACAGGUGUCGUUAUGCAAUGGUUCAGCAAACAUGCAGUUACAGCAACUGCAUGUCGCUGAAUCAUUUUGAAAGUUGCCCAUGCUAUGGAAGCACAUGGCACAUCGCAACUUUCAGCGCAGUUGCCACAUGCCCCUAAGUGUCAACCCGCAUUCAAGUUUCCCCUAAGUGUCAACCCGCAUUCAUAAGAGUACCCAAAUUUUUUAAAGAAAUGGCCAACAUAUCUCUUCACGUCAACCCUGAAAAUGAGAUGGCGUAUUAAUUGUGUAUGAACACGAACAUUUCAGAUAUUGUGUGAAUAUGUCUCAUACUGCCACAUUUUGCUAGAUGUUGAAGCCUUUGUAACCUAUCAUUACUGGAAUCUUAUACAUGCCAUGACCAUAAUAUGUCAAAGCCUCUCAUAGUUAGUCAAAUUUUUGUACAAGCUUUGAAUCUACUUAGGCACCAAACGACCUGCAUCACAUCGCGCGUGUCCCACUGCAUGAAACACACGUGGACUUCAAUUCAGACGCCAUGCAGCAACUUUACGUGUAUUAUCCAGAAAUUGUCGUGUUUGUGUUACAUUUGGGCCUUGUUCAUUUGUGGAGCCACUAAGCUUUAAAGAGAGAUUUAAAACCCUUCAGUCAUUCCCGAAUUCCAAAAAUGGUGUCGUGUGUCCGGCUUGCAUUUCUUGAUAAAUUUUGCGCUCAUUACUGAAGUGUGCUACAGGACAUUGAAAAUGUGCGUGCCAUUUGCGACCAGGAAGAGUCAGACAUGUGGCAUUGAACAGAGGACAGGCACUCAAGAUAAGUGCACAGGGACAAGAUGGGCUCCAAAUGGUGUAAGUUAUUUAUGGAUCGCAGCUUCGACGAUGGCACGUUGCCUUCGAAUUCUACACGUACUCUUCGAGUUAGUAUCAAUGCUGCUCUUUCAAGUUUUCUGAGUGUAGCUAUUUUCUGCAUGCUGCCGCGUCAACUUUUUACACUGCAGUGUACGGGGUUAUUUGUUAUUUCAGGGAUGAGUUGUGGUGCGAACUCUUCAGCUGCUGCUUCCAUGUUUUGAAUCGUGCUAGCAGUGUUGCAGUGUUUGUCUAGUAACGCACUCUUCAUUGCUGCGCCACGACAGUCUAGUAGUUCAUCUUGCGCAUUUGUAAGCAUUCGUACUACAGUGCGCUAGGAGCUACGUUUAAACUGAGGGGAACCGCGAUGAAGUAUAAAUGAGUUCUUUUGAGGAGGGCUUGAAUUAAGCUGUAUAGGCAGCGCCCUCUGCACUCGAGGUACCCAAAUGUUUAGAAAUUUGUGCGUAUAUAUUUAUGUAGUACACAACUUAUCUGCAUUUGUUGCAUGUUAUUUAUUAUGCUAUUAGUACGGUGCAUGCAGCAUUCUGUUGCAUUUUGAUGGGUAUUGCAUCAUGGUAUUUUUUAUUUAUACAUAUAGUAUACGUAUAUAUGCAUACAUGUUUUUCUUGUGUGUUUCUGGUGGGUCUUGAAUCAACCUCUUGCUAUGUCAACCAUUGUUGGGACUGAGAGACGCUUGUCAAAUAAACUUGGCGGAUUCGUUUUAGUUGAGCAUUUGUGUGUGUUGCUUUCUAAUAUCAUUUACUGAUAUGAAUUUAUUACCCUUGCACUUGAAGGAUAUGUGGGAUGGCUUAUGAAGUUAAGCCCAACUGCUUCUUCACUUUGUUACAGACAAUGCGUUUACCCUCGUAAUUUAGUUAAAGGAUUGUGGAUACUAUUGCUCUUGCUUGGUAAUGAUUUUGUACUGGUAUUGCGAGGAGUCAACACAAUUUGGCUUGUGCUUUUUGUUUGGUAGUGCGAUCUCUGAACCAAAAUAAUUUCUACUGAAGCAGGAGAAGGUGCAACAAAAUUUUCGACAUCGUUGUCACUUUGAAUGCUCUGCAUUCAGCCAUCUCUCGAAAGCUGACACUCAUUAAGCGUUGUGCCGUAGUGUCCACUGCAGUGUUAUGUCCUCCAUAGGUGCAUGUCAUGCAAGUGGAUUAAAAGACAUGUUUUGUGUGUGCAGUGUUAUUGUAAGCUUUUCUCAGAGCACGCUCUACGUGCAACGCCUCGCCCUCUAGCCCAAAGAAAUGUGUUAACUGUGAUGUUUUGCAUGCUCCCGCGUAGAGACCAGAAGCCAUGCUGAUGGCUGGAUGCACGAAUAUGCCUUAAAUUUAAACAGGUGGUCGUGAUGUUAAAGUGAAAACCGAUAAUCACAGCAAAUGUGCUGUCUGAAGCAAUUGUUAUUGUUUUGAUUUUUUAUUGCUGACAAAUGUGCUGGAACUCUAGAGCAACAUCACAUUUGCGUAUAUAGUCUCUAUUAAUAGUAGUUAGCUGUAUUACAAGUUCAUUCAGCAUGUGUGAGAGAUUUACAUCGGCGCUCGUUAUGUUGGGCGUUUAUGUGAAAAGCGAGCGGCAUCCCACUGCAUUACUAGGUUUAAACUAUACUGCCUAGCAGAAGAUUUCAUAUGUAGGGUAAUCUCUGUGGUGUUUUAAGAGUACUUUGGGUUCUUCUCAUACAAUGACGCUUUUCUGCUGCUGUGUGGCAUCACUAUACAAAAAGUUGCCUGCUGCCUUUUUUUUUUUGUUUUCUUUAAGGCAUUGUUGAUUGUCAAUGCAUUUUGCUGCUUAGAAUUAUUGCAGUGCGAGCUCAAUAGGUUGUGAGUAUGCAUGUUGUGAUGUUUUCUUGUGAUGUUGUGUCAUGUUUACCAGCUUAAAGGGACACUAAAGAUGAUAUUUUAGAAUCAUUCUACAGUGUUCAAGCGUUAGUCUGCAUGGUAUUCUACAGAGCACAAACACACUGUUUCAGUUCCUGACAGCCGUCGCUGCAACUAGGAAAGUAAUGCUAUGUUACCUCCAUUAACUUAGUCACAUCUCUCCGGGUAUAUACCAGCAGCUAGGCAGUUAUUUCCAGUAGGUGAUGAUGUACUAAACUCAUGGCGAUAGUUGGCCUAGAGAGACGUCCACCUCCCGUAUACCACAUGAAGCCACAAUGUACCUUUCAGUGACCCUUUAACACGCACGUGUCUAUGUCACGGUAAAACACAAAAAAUGUAUGCAUCUUCCAGCUCCUGUCUAGAGCCAAAGUUGUAAUUCUGUGCAAUCUUGAAGUGAGUUUGAGCUUUGUCAUUCUGUAGUGCUAGCACUCUGCGAAGGAUGGUGGCUGUGGUGUGCUCAUUCAAGAUCCCUCCUGCUUUAAGCAUCGACCAUAGGUGUAGGGUCAAAAACUGUUUCUUCCUGCAUUGGUAUAGAUGUGUAUAUAUA